AUGAGGCUCUGAGAACAAGAGCUUGAGGGGAAGACUGUUAACCCCAUCCAUGCCACCAGAAUUAGCUCUUUCCCUUUUGGUUUGCAAGCACUGCCUGUAAAGCUCUCGCAUGAGAGGCCAGCCUGCUAGGGAAAUCCAGGAAUCUGCAACAAAAACGAUGACAGUCUGAAAUACUCUCUGGUGCCAACCUCCAAAUUCUCGUCUGUCACUUCAGACCCCCACCAGUUGACAGAGCAGCAGAAUUUCAACUCCAGUAGACUUGAAUGUGCCUCUGGGCAAAGAAGCAGAGCUAACGAGGAAAGGGAUUUAAAGAGUUUUUCUUGGGUAUUUGUCAAACUUUAUUCCCUGUCUGUGUGCAGAGGUGAUUCAACUUCAAUUUUCUGCAGCGGCUCUGGGUCCAGCCCCUUACUUAAAGGUAUUAAAGGUCACUCUGCAAGAGAAAAAAAGAAAAGAAAAGAAAAAAAACCUGCUUUCAACUGCAGAUCAAUACUGUUGAAACAGUAUACCAAGAGAUCUGGAAAGCAUGAAGACUGGGCUUUUUUUCCUAUGUCUCUUGGGAACUGCAGCUGCAAUCCCGACAAAUGCAAGAUUAUUACCUGAUCAUUCCAAACCAACUGCUGAAACGGUGGCACCCGACAAUACUGCAAUCCCCGGUUUAAGGGCUGAAGAUGAAGAAAAUGAAAAAGAAACAGCAGUAUCCACAGAAGACCAUUCCCACCAUAAGGCUGAAAAAUCAUCAGUACUAAAGUCAAAAGAGGAAAGCGACGAACAGUCAGCAGAACAGGGCAAGAGUUCUAGCCAAGAGCUGGGAUUGAAGGAUCAAGAGGACAGUGACGGUGACUUAAGUGUGAAUUUGGAGUAUGCACCAACUGAAGGCACACUGGACAUAAAAGAAGAUAUGAGUGAGCCUCAGGAGAAAAAACUCUCAGAGAACAGUGAUUUUUUUGCUCCUGGUGUUAGUUCCUUCACAGAUUCUAACCAACAAGAAAGUAUCACAAAGAGAGAGGAAAACCAAGAACAACCUAGAAAUUAUUCACAUCAUCAGUUGAACAGGAGCAGUAAACAUAGCCAAGGCCUAAGGGAUCAAGGAAACCAAGAGCAGGAUCCAAAUAUUUCCAAUGGAGAAGAGGAAGAAGAAAAAGAGCUGGGUGAAGUUGGUAUCCACAAUGAUAACCAAGAAAGAAAGACAGAAUUGCCCAGGGAGCAUGCUAACAGCAAGCAUGAGGAAGACAAUACCCAAUCUGAUGAUAUUUUGGAAGAGUCUGAUCAACCAACUCAAGUAAGCAAGAUGCAGGAGGAUGAAUUUGAGCAGGGUAACCAAGAACAAGAAGAUAACUCCAAUGCAGAAAUGGAAGAGGAAAAUGCAUCAAAAGUCAAUAAGCACAUUCAAGAAACUGAAUGGCAGAGUCAAGAGGGUAAAACUGGCCUGGAAGCUAUUAGCAACCACAAAGAGAUAGAUGAAAAGACUGUUUCUGAGGCUCUGCUCAUGGAACCUACUGAUGGUGGUAAUACCAUGCCCAGAAAUCAUGGAGCUGAUGAUGAUGGUGGUGAUGAUGGCGAUGAUGGUGGCAAUGAUGGCCCCAGGCACAGUGCAAGUGAUGACUACUUCAUCCCAAGCCAGGCCUUUCUGGAGGCCGAGAGAGCUCAAUCCAUUGCCUAUCACCUCAAAAUUGAGGAGCAAAGAGAAAAAGCACAGGAAAAUGAAAAUAUAGAUACCAGUGAGCCUGGAGAGCACGAAGAGGCCAAGAAAGCAGAGAACUCAUCAAAUGAGGAGGAAACGUCAAGUGAAGGCAACAUGAGGGUGCAUGGUGUGGAUUCUUGCAUGAGCUUCCAGUGUAAAAGAGGCCACAUCUGUAAGGCAGACCAACAGGGAAAACCUCACUGUGUCUGCCAGGAUCCAGUGACUUGUCCUCCAACAAAACCCCUUGAUCAAGUUUGUGGCACUGACAAUCAGACCUAUGCCAGUUCGUGUCAUCUAUUCGCUACUAAAUGCAGACUGGAGGGGACCAAAAAGGGACAUCAACUCCAGCUGGAUUAUUUUGGAGCCUGCAAAUCUAUUCCUACUUGUACGGACUUUGAAGUGAUUCAGUUUCCUCUACGGAUGAGAGACUGGCUCAAGAAUAUCCUCAUGCAGCUUUAUGAAGCCAACUCUGAACAUGCUGGCUAUUUAAAUGAGAAGCAGAGAAAUAAAGUCAAGAAAAUUUACCUGGAUGAAAAGAGGCUCUUGGCUGGGGACCAUCCCAUUGACCUUCUCUUAAGGGACUUUAAGAAAAACUAUCACAUGUAUGUGUAUCCUGUGCACUGGCAGUUUAGUGAACUUGACCAACACCCUAUGGAUAGAGUCUUGACACAUUCUGAACUUGCUCCUCUGCGAGCAUCUCUGGUGCCCAUGGAACACUGCAUAACCCGUUUCUUUGAGGAGUGUGACCCCAACAAGGAUAAGCACAUCACCCUGAAGGAGUGGGGCCACUGCUUUGGAAUUAAAGAAGAGGACAUAGAUGAAAAUCUCUUGUUUUGAAUGAAGAUUUUAAAGAACUCAACUUUCCAGCAUCCUCCUCUGUUCUAACCACUUCAGGAAUAUAUGCAGCUGUGAUACUUGUAGAUUUAUAUUUAGCAAAAUGUUUGCAUGUAUGACAAGACAAUGAGAGUAAUUGCUUGACAACAACCUAUGCACCAGGUAUUUAACACUAACUUUGGAAACAAAAAUGUACAAUUAAGUCAAGUCAACAUAUGCAAAAUACUGUACAUUGUGAACAGAAGUUUAAUUCAUAGUAAUUUCACUCUGCAUUGACUUAUGAGAUAAUUAAUGAUAAAACUAUUAAUGAUAAAAAUAAUGCAUUUGUAUUGUUCAUAAUAUCAUGUGCACUUCAAGAAAAUGGAAUGCUACUCUUUUGUGGUUUACGCAUAUUAUUUUCAAUAUCUUAAUACCCUAAUAAAGAGUCCAUAAAAAUCCAAA